AUGUCCCACAAUCCCCAGGGCGAGGAGCCGCCCCGAGACCCUCCUGGAGAGCCUUCUGGAACUCCCAGAACUCCCCGACCUCCCCGACGUCCCGGACGUCCUGGACCUCGAGACUCUCCUGCGUUUCGCGGAAUUCCCACCCCGAGACCCGGAGUGGAUUCUCCUAUCUUCUACUUCAGAGGUCGCACAGGUCCCUAUGAUGCUGCCUUCUACUCGGCCCCGGGCCCAUCCCAGCAGCCCGCGAACGAAGAGGAGGCAGUCGCCACACCUCUUCGACAUCACUACUAUGGAUGCCCCUGUGUGGAUUGUCUCCGUUACUACCAUCCGAACAACUACUUCACCCACGGCAGCCAUGACCCGACUGGUGUUCCUGGAGCCCAUCACCCUGGCCCUGGCGGCGCAGCACCCCAGACCAACGCGAAUGAUGUGCAUGCUCUAGACCGAGCCGGCAUUGAAGCUCUCAACCGCCAAGCUCAAGAUUACGUCUUCCAGACAGCUACGAGCCACGCUCGCAACGUACGCGUUCCUCAGAUGCAGUACCAGCCGCCUCAGUUCCAAUCGGGCCCCGCUCAUGGUCAGGUUGCAGUCCAAGGCCAGUACCAGGGCCAGCAUCAAGGCCCUUCUCAAGGUCCUCCUAAAGGUUCUCACCCCAAGUUCAACGAAAAGGAACUUAAGGAGCUUAAGGCCUAUAGAGAACGUAAGGAACGAGAAGAGCGUGAGGAACGCGUGAGGCGUUUCCGUGAGCAGAACGAGCGAGCGAUCGGAUUUCACGAGUCCGACGAUGAAGAAUUCAUCCCCAAUAUCCGAAACCCCUGA